AUUAAAACUGAUACGAAUCAAUGUCAUGAUUUUAAUGAAGUUCGUCAUUUCACGAAGCCAAGAAGCAUCAAGAAUGAGGCUUAUCAGGUUUUACAUCCCGUUCUUUAUAUCUGUCGUGCCAGUUCUCAUAACAGGUUAGUUCAGUCAUUUAAAAAGCCUCAAUCGAAGAGGAAGCUUCGAACCCAUAUAAGGGGAAUUAUAAGGAGCCACGUCGUGUAAAUUUUCAGUGAACAUGUGGUUUAGCAAAAGGCUGAAGCGACGGCAACACUUAUAAUUUAGAUUUAGCUUCGGUGAGACGUGAAUUUUGGAAGCAGUAUUUCCUAUAAACUUCAUGUUCGACUAUGAAUAUAAAUAGAAAAUAACACGUGGCCAAAUCUUCCAGUUGUCGAGUUUCGUUCCCAGCCGCGAGAAACGCCAUGACAAAGCCACUGAAUACAUAACGUUCGUCGGGUUUUUCUUUUUGUUUGUUGGUUUUCUUCCCCUUCUAGAGAGUUUAAACGUCUCUGCCUGUCGGUUUUUAAUGUUCUAGCCGCCAUAAUCCGAUGAAGUUCCGACAAACUAACUCGGAUCGAGAAUUGCCGUUCAUUCAUCAACCUGACUGAGUGGCGCAAAAGGCGAUUGACGUGUCAGCAGCUGAUUGGCGAUAUCCAACACACCUGAAAAAAUGUCGUAUUUUCUCACGUGUGUUAACGUUGUUACGGCUUUUCUCAGGGCCGGAAAGCCUUGCAUAGCAUAGUAGUUUACAUGAUAAACGACACAGACAAUCUCUAAAUAAUUAAUGGCAUAACCGCGUGUUGGGGUUUGGUGAGGAUGUCGCUGUAGAUGAAAAGUGUUUGACUAAACGUCCAUUAAAUAAGUGUACUAUCAUAUUUAUUUUGCAGCCUGCAAGUGUUGACUUUUCCGACUGAGACCCAUUUAAAAGUAAAGUUAGGUGUUCGUCCUUUUCUGGCGCCAUUUCCUUUCAAAUGUUGAUUGCCGGCUUUCAAAUUUCUUCCAUAAUAGCAUUAAUAUUAGCAUAUCAGUUGUUAUGUUGCUGUUAUACUAAUGCAAUGCUAAUGAGGUAUAAAUACUGAACAUGUCCGGCCAUUCUGCGCCAUGAGAGAGUUGGUUCAACUUUUGAAACAUAUUCACUAACUGAUACUCUGAAGUUAUAAAUUAAAGCACAGUUCACGGUUCAGAUACUUCGAUUUAUUUGAUGACGCUCGUACCUCUAAAAUAUGACCUUGACUUCCAUCAAUGAAUAAUAUUUGUAUUUGAAUGAAUGUCUACUUUCGUUCAUGGUUGAUGAAGCUCUGUGGCGAGAUGAUUCCAGGAAAACAUGGAUCUUCUCAGAAAAAAAUAAUAAGGAAAAUCAUCGACCCAAAUAGUUACCCUCUAAUAGCCUAUAACUAAACUAUGCCUUCCCCAAAAAUAGUCUGUUUACUCAAACUCUAAGAAAUGUCUUUGGUAAAGAGGAAAUGACCCAGGGAAACUUAAUAGUUAGAGGAGAAAAGUAAAGUAUACAGGAACAACCUUGAAUAUUCUUUUUUUAAUUCUGACAAGUUGCCAGCACCAUCCAACCGAGACAGUCCAGUGCUACAAGGACAGAGGGGUCAAGUUUUCUCUUCGAAUGGGACUUUCAUCUUCAAGAUGAGGACAAAAUAGAAUUAACAGGGUUCAUUUUUGGCCUUUGGGAGAAUGGUUAUACCACGUUUUAUCUUAUGACGGUAACCAAGCAGGGAAGAGUGAUUUCUAAUCCUCAGUUGAGCAAGACACAUCCUACUUACGUUGGGCGAGUGACUUGGGUAGGAAACAUAUCGAAGUCGUAUUUGGCCUAUAAAUUGGUGAACCUGACUUUCUUCGAUAGCAACACAUACGGAUGUCAAAUUGACGUGGGAGGUUUCCGACGAACAAUUCAUUCUAAGAUCACCGUACAUGUCCAGGUAAGAUUCUGAUGGCAAACUUGACGCGUAUCUGCGUCUAUGUACGAUUGGACCUUGCCUGGUUAAGCCUUUAAGGCGCAAUCAUAUAUACACGACCUCUCACUUGCCCCAAGGAAUGACGCCUCAUUUUUAUGUGGAAAGCUGAGAUCAAGUGGCAAAAUUAUUUUGGGAUACCUUGCUUGUGGCAGCGGUAUUCAGGGCAAUUCUUUUGCAAUUCAAGGUCAAAUUUACAUUUUUUUUUCCUUUGACUUUUCAUGUUCGUGUUUUUAGUGGCGAUUUAAAAAUUGCAGCGCGAAUUUUUUCUGAUAGGGAGGUUUUGGAAAGUGCACUCAAAAUGUAGGCGGAGUCUCCGCACGGUUUUAACGUCAUCAGAAGGUUCAUAUGUUUUAGAAAAAUGUCCGUUAAAGUUCCCAUGGAAAGCAUCUGAAAAGCAUAUAAAAAGUAUCAUCCCCUAAGCAUCCUUUUCCGCUUGCUUUGAAACUUGUUCUGGAAGCUUACAUUGAUGCUCAACAUAGUACUCGAGAAGUUAAUACUGAUUUAUGUACAUUAUUGGUUAUGUUACUCAGCGUUACUACUAUUAUCAUAUCUAACAGCUCAUUCCAUUAGCAAAAGAUUUUAUCCACUCAAAGACGUUCGGGUUGUAAAAUGAGCUUUUCCACUCAGCUCACUUUUAAUAAAAAUUUCGAUGUUUGGGUGCUGCUAGGCUAAUAAUAGCUCAAUCAAAGAAGGAGAGAGCUAUCAUACAUAUCACGUUCGAAGAGCACGAAAAUGGGAACAAAAAGAGUCCGUCGGUCGGUGAUUCAUGUCGUCUCGUCGUUGCUUUCCCGAGCCGAAUUUCUCGGAACUUACCUUGGAUCCGCACAUCAUCAGUUAAUGAGCUUUAAAAUUUUUGCUUUUGUUCGUUUGUCUUUUGCCUGUUUUUUUCUUCUGCAGAGGGCCUUAUCAGAAUUUCUCAUGUGUCUUUUAAUUGUCUUUCGUUUUUCCAUCUUUUUCAUCUUCUUCCGUUAUAAUGAUAGGUUUUAGUAUAUUAGCCCAUUAUAUUAAGUAACAAAAGGAUGCUCCGUUUCUGUUUAUUGCAUGUCUUCUUGAUACACUUUUGGAUACUUGAUUAUCCACGAGAGGUAACAGCACUACUGAAGUGUUGAUAUUAAACUUGUGGCAACCAAACUGGUCGAAGUUUGCGAUAAAGGAAUGAAACGAAUACAACGCAACUAAAAUACUGGACCUAGUAAAUAAGCUCAACAAAUACUCACAUGUCACCAGAUUGAUUUAAAUUUUCUUUUUUUUUCUUUCCCAGGCGAUAAAUGCAUCAAAAACACCCGAAAUGAGUGUUUCUUCCAUAUGGAUCCAUGCUUCCAAUGCUACAUCGAGCAAAUUUGUUCCAUCAUUAAAAGCGGGUAAGUUUCUUUAUUAACUGUGUGCUUCUUCGUUCUUGGGUAUGAUUUGGUUUAUCAAUUAAGUUGGAAAUUAACUUGGCCACCGUAAAGAGUUUUAGGGCAGAGAAACCGCUUUAUGGUAGCCAAUUUACAUUAUUAACUCAGCUGAUAAACCAAAUGAUACUAUAAAUUGUUAUCGUUUUGGCUCUUGUUCAUGUUUUGUUUCAUUAUUUACCGAUUUUUUAUCUUAGUUAUAACUUUGCAUGAUGUUGGGAAAAUUAGACUAGUGACUUUGUAAUCAGUCCUUUAUGUACUGAACGAUUUUCUAUAGAGGGAAAGAUAUAUAGUUUCCCUCCGAGGCUAAUUUGGAUAUGGUUUUCUCCCGGGAAGGGGUAGCUAAUGUUUCCUGUCUUGUUUCUUUUCUUCAGAAGCGUGAAUUCGAUUACAUCUGCUUUCCAGGCAUUCAAAUAAUGAUGUCAUUCAAAAUAAUACCGAUCAAACCUUAACCGUUAAACUAAAGAACAAAAAUUAUCUUUCAAAUCGGCAUUCUAAAUAUCCACGGUCUCACGGAAAAAUCGUAGGUUAACUUUAGAAACUCUUUGCGGUGGCCAAUUUAUAUUUAUAUCUAUAGCAAAUAUUAUUAGCAUGAAAUUAAACUAUAUUGCGCUAAUUGUUUGCCAUGCAGGUGUCCUAGAAAAUGUAACAGCGGGAAGUGUACCAACUUCGAAUUCAAACAUCUUGGUAUUACAUGGUAUGCUUUCUUGUAUCAUCUGUUAGUAUGCAUGAUAUUUUUAGCGUCAAAGAUGUAUCUACCGAAAGCUUAAUGCAAAUACCCAAUCGUAUUAAUUUCCAAAAAAUUACGCUUGGUAAACCAUUUCAAUAUGAAGAAAUAAAAAUACAUUAUAAACACCCAUUGCCACAUUUCUGAAACGUCCACUAAGCGCGGAAAUUCAGACAAUUUCAUUUCAUUACAGAAUUGGCAUUAAUCACGAUCUGAUUGGCCAAUUUUCCGUUCUCAAAAACAGGUAAUCCGUUUUCUCUCGCGUGACGCUUUUCGCACAAACGUGUUCACUGUGCAAACACUGACCUUACAUUAAUUUUUGGGAAUUUUAUCCUAUUUAGAGUAACUCGAUGUUGGAACGAAGCCCCAGUUCUCUCUUCCUUCACAACAGAAAUUUAAAGAAAUUGUGUGCAUUUAUGGCGCAGUUUAUUGAAAAAUUUUGAUUAUACGUUCAAUUUCGUUUCUCGUUGUAUGUAUCUGUUUUUUCUUAUUUUUUCUAUAGGGAGAGCUGGCUCCGCGAAGUCAAAAUGGGAAAUAGGGGUUGAAUACUUAUCUUACCUGUCAGUCCUUGCUAUUCCACAUUUCUUUAGGCUGUGAGUUCCAAGCUCUGAAGGAAAACUGGAGUGAAUAGUGAGUAAUAGUUAAGACUAGUACUAUGUGAGUACUAGUUAAGAUUUUCAACUUUUUCUUUUCGUUACGAUUUACCCAUUGUGAUUUCCAUGUUGCCAAGUGCGAUGGUUGAAAUUAUAAGUGUCGUUGUGGUAUCCCAUGAGAUUUAUCUACGCUCUAAAAUCAGUGGGCAUAAAAGCUUCAUAUGCAGGAAAUGUAAAUGUUUAUUAUUCCUUGGUAUCUUUAACAAAAAGAGGGCAUGGCAAUCUUUCGAGUCAAAACUUUUCAUAAGUUCUAAACUUCACUGAAAAACUAGAAAAAAGUCUGAAAUAUCCUAAGUUACUGGAAAUAUCGCAGACUUACUCUCUUGGGAAAAAUCACGAUUUUAAAAGGUCUUGUUGCUUCACAACUCGUUUACAUUAUGACACCCCUGUGCUCUAAUCAAAAUCACCUAUGAAAUAAACACACUCUUUAAUUCAUUUGUUUGGAAUGGAAAGGUGACAAAACUAAAGGAAGUGGAACGAGCAAUGACUAUGCGGAACUGAGGUGGUCUAAAAAUUAUUAAUUUCAGUCUUUUAGUAUGACUUUAAAAGCCACGUGGAUCACAAAAUACCUAAAUACAGCCAACCAAGGCAAGUGGAAACUUUUUUUUGAUCUAGAAUGAGAGAGAUUUGGUAACAGCUUGCCUGUUACCGGGAAUCUUAACACAAAAGAUAAGAAAAAAUCUUUGAGAACUCGGGAAAAUUCAUGAAAGAAAUUCUACUAUUAUAGUCAGAAAACAAUUUUGAGGGAUGCAUAACCUCCGAAAGUCAAUUUCUAGAACAAAUUAUUUGACACAACUCGCUUAUUGAUGAAGUGCCCUUCCUUCUAAAAGUAUAGCACGACCAUGGCAUUGACACAGUAAAACAUUUCAAAGAUGACGAGAACAAAUUUCUUACUCUACAAGGCUUCAAAAGUAAAUUUAAAUCGCAAUAUAGCCUUAUGUGCACAUUGGAAUAAUUUCCACGAUAAAAUCUCUGCGGAAUGCAUGCAGAAAGAAUCUCAAUAGAAACAUCUGCAACAAACAUCAAAACUUUUCGAAACGUUAAAAAGGUCUCAAAAACCUUGCCGACUCGUUCGUAAAAAAAAUUAUGUAGCGAAGUACCGUGCCCCGAACAAAAGUCAGCAGGGAGGGACAGCCGAUUGUUGUGCAGGACAAAACGACAUAAUCUGGAGUACGGCCUAUAUGUUAGCCUAUAAUUGUACAAAAAUCACCAAACUUAGAGAAUUUCAGUUCCAACUUUUGCACAGAGGGUUACCAACAAAUUAUUUUCUCGCUGUAAGUAAUGUCACUACUGUAUGUAAUUGUUAGUAGUGCAAGUAAUUGUAAGUAGAGUAAGCAUUGUUAUCUCCGCCAAAGAGGGUGAAAAACAACAACAACAAAAGUAAACGAAGAAGCAAGCCUUUACUUUUACGAAUAAUUGAGUGUGUGUCAGGAUAUCACGUUCAGUUAGUUGGUCUUUUCAAAGAUCCGUGUUUAAUUGAAUUGACUGAAGUUUGCUGAUGGCUGAUGAAAUCCAUUAUUUCAUUCACGAUUGCCUCUUUUCCAAACACAUUCCAGAAAACCACAAUCAUAUUAGCUCGACGUAACAUCUCUAUGAUUAUACAUAGAGAUUAUAAAGGAAUCUUGAUGUAGGCUUCAUAGUAAAUAUUUUGCUCUGUUUACAACAAUUUUUCCUUUAACACUGAUUAAGAAAAAAAAGGACUUAAACUUUCAAUAUAUAUUGCAAUGCAGGUGUUUGACCAACUUAGGAUCAGAAACCAACCCAUAUCCCUGUGCAUGUAUCAACAACCAUAACCAGCUUUGGAAACUCAACAGUGACAACACCCUCCGGCCCAAAGAUGACAGCAACAAAUGCCCCUUUCUAAUUGAACCUGGAAAUAGUUUUGCAGACCAUGUCUGACUUUUUAUCCUGGCUCUGGAUAUUUAUUCAAAUAACGUAGUCACUAUCAGUCUCGUUCACUCUCACUUUCCACUGAGCUUGUGGAAAGAUGAUAACAUCAUUAUUUCUUUAAAUGAAGCCUGUCCUCUUACUACGGAUAGUUCUGUUGGGCAUCAUCAGUACAAAAGUGGUCUAAUUUUUACAUGAAGGUAGGCUAACCUUAAAAAUUAGUUUAAAAAAUUUCUUAACCAGUCGUUUUACGUCUUGAAUGUUUCGCUCAAUUUUACCUGACCAACCUAAACUGAAUAUAUAGAAACAUGAAAUUUAUUUGUUCUCCUUUUGAGGGGGGCGUCAAAAUUUCAAAGUCAUCACAGGCUUAAACUUUAGGUUCACAGAAAAUCUUCGUGUGCAUGUGUUUUCAACAUAUGAAACUGGGACUAUGACUACUUCAAGAGACUUUACUACAUGCCAUAUAGGUACAGGCAGGUGUUGUAAAAAAAGUUUGCUGAGCUUUUUCAUUAGUACACAUAUAUUUUUCUAAGAAUUCUGUUCAUCCAGCCUGUGCUGAAUUCUAAUUUUUCAACCAAAUUUUAUUAUUUUUUUAAUAGUUUUAGAUCUCCAAGUAUCAUUUAAUGUUCUUGUAAUUAAAACAAUUACAUCGAAUCUUGUAGAUGUAUGGCACAUUAUUUUUUCUCUGAUCCUCCCAACCUUUUUAGCAUGUGAAGGUACUGGUAUCGGCUUCACAAGUAUAG